AUGAAAACCUCAGUUGUGUGCCUUACCAGGGGUGCAAAAUAGUUAGCCAUUAACUAUUGGUGAUUGUUCGACGGCCAAUCGGGAUAACAUGUUUUUCCCCCGGGCUGUACACACCUGUCAGUUAAAGAUCUUUUAUCACCUGGGAGCCUACCACUCCAUAGUGGACAGGUAUGGGCGGCUUACGUGAGAAAUUCCUCUGUGGCUACACAGCAUAAACCUUGUCAAAACAUUUGAGAAAUGGGGCAAUAAAAGGUGUGGUCCAUACAGUACAACAAUGGCCAAGGGAACAAAGUUUAAAGUUUUAGGAAAGUCAAAGUUACUUGGUACGUAACACUUCAGACGUGCACCAGAGACCUUUGUAAGGAAGGGAUCGCCAAGCUUAGCAAUGUUAUAGCAGUAAAACGGAGGGGCAAUAGUGGUAGGGUUGCUGUGGCCGCAAUCUCAGAAAUCAAUUGAGUAAGCAUAUUUUGCCAGCUAGCAACAGCGGCCACGACCUUAACGGCAAAUUUACACAAGCAGGUUGGGAGGCAAAUGGGAGGCACGAUAGAAGACCCAAUCUCGGCCCCCUGAUAAAAACCGCAAAAAUAGUAGUGUUGUUUCACGAUCCAUCAAAAUCCAGGCUGGCUUAAGACCUGGAUGCGUAUUUGUGUGCCGGGCAGUCAAACACACAUUGCACUUCAGUCGAGUUGUUUCAGGCGUCGAAGUCCUUUUAAAUUCCCUUAUCAGCCAUGUUUGGUGGAUCGGACAACAUGACAGGCUUACCCACCAUCAAACCACCAGCAGUACAAAUGGUGAAGCAGCCCCAGGCUGAUUUCACCCUGGGUGCAGAGACUGAUGUCACCUUGUCACAAUGUGCAAUCUGCGGAGACCGUGCCACAGGGAAACACUACGGCGCCGCCAGCUGCGACGGCUGCAAGGGAUUCUUCAGACGCAGCGUACGCAAGAACCAUGUCUACACAUGCAGAUUCAACCGCAUGUGUGUAGUGGACAAAGACAAGAGGAACCAGUGCAGAUACUGCAGGCUGAAGAAGUGCUUCAGGGCUGGCAUGAAGAAAGAAGGUACUGUGCAGAAUGAGAGAGACCGCAUCAGUUCUCGCAGGACGAGUUACGAGGAUCCCGGCGCGGGGGGACCGCUGUCCGUCAGCGCCCUCAUGAACGCAGAAAUCCUGUCUAGACAGGUAGAGAAGCCGUUUGGCAUCUCCACACCACUGUCAGGCGGUGACCCACAUUCCAAGAAGAUAGCGAUGAUAAACGACAUCUGUGAGUCCAUGAAGCAGCAGCUGCUGAUCCUGGUGGAGUGGGCCAAGUACAUCCCCACCUUCUGUGAACUGCCACUGGAUGAUCAGGUGGCCUUGCUCAGAGCACAUGCAGGUGAGCACCUGUUGCUAGGCGUGGCCCGGCGAUCCAUGGCCCUGAAGGACUGCCUUCUCCUGGGGAACGACUUCAUCAUCCCGCGCAACAGUCCGGAGAUCGAGGUCAGCCGCAUUGCGUGCCGUGUGCUGGACGAGCUGGUCAAGCCGCUGGUGGAGGUGGCCAUCGAUGAUAGCGAGUUUGCCUGCCUGAAGGCCCUGGUGUUUUUUGAUCCAGAUUCUUCCCAUUUCCUAGAUGCCAAGGGCUUGAGUGAGCGGGGCAAGAUCAAGUCCAUGCGUUACCAGGUCCAGCUCAACCUGGAGGACUACAUCAACGACAGACAGUACGAGUCGCGCGGGCGCUUCGGCGAGAUCCUUCUCCUCCUGCCGACCCUCCAGAGCAUCACGUGGCAGAUGAUCGAACAGAUCCAGUUCGCUAAACUGUUUGGGGUGGCAAAGAUUGACAACCUGCUACAAGAGAUGCUCCUGGGAGGUGCAAGCACAGACAACCCUCCCCAUCCGGCUACCCACCCGCACCUGGACCCAGCCACAGCCAUGCACCUGGCUAACGGGGCUGCACCUGACACCCCCCUCCCCUCCCCCAGCAUCUCUCCACCUGAGUUCAAACUCCCUGCUUCUGCCCUGGAGUACAAGCUGCCGGUGUCCUCGGCACUCCUGCCCAGCUCCAAGGGCCCCACACCGGUCUCUGUGCCAGUCACGGUCAGUCAGGCACAAGUCACCAUCCCCAAACAGGAGGUGUUGUGAGUUAGGCCUGUGCAUACAGGGUAGCCUCUACCAGGCUUCAGGAGGCAGCUGGAAAGAGUAG